AAAGUGCUUGAGUGCAGACUGACUUGUCAAACAUUCAAAAGUGCUAUUUUGACUUAUUUAGUGUUUUUUGUUGACUGAGAAAUACCAUAAUAUACAACUGAGGGUGAUGAGGCACUGAGGUCUGAACAUAAUAGACACCACUGACUGGGUGAGGAAGUUAAGGUGUGAGAUGACCUCAUAUUUCAAAGUAUUUGCAGGGAAGUGAAAAUGUUGACAGAUCGUGGUAUUUGUUUGAGACAGAUACAGAGGAUGAAAUAGAUACAACUCAAGCCAAACAAGGUUUUUACAGGACUGUUGUCUGGUAUUACGUGACAGUGUCAACAGAACAGAGAACUAAAGGAUUCACGAUCAAAGAAGCACCAUGGCCUGUGCUGAUGUUGACAUGGAUAUUCAUGGAAAUGAUGAGGAGCAGCACAGAGCCAACAGAGGAGAGCAGCCCGUGGUGCGACAUUACCAAGCUACAGAACUAAUACCAGAGGACAAAGGACCGCUGCAUGACCUGCUGAAGAAGCAACCUGCUGUGUUGGGGUCUCUGCAGAUGGUGAGUGGUUUCCUCAGUGUUGGAGUGGGAAUUCUUUUUGCUGUAACCCAAACAAUGGACCAGUCCCUUUUCACCCUGUUCAGAGUUUCCCACAUGACAGGAGCACUCUUCAUCAUUGCUGGGAUUGUUUCCAACCUGCUGUUCAGAUAUCCAGUAUUACUGCCUCUGUCCUUUGCAGUUAACUGUGGCUGUAUCAUCGUAGCUGUGAUCGCAGCCUUACUGAUAAGCAUCGACCUGGCCUACUGGAAUUACCAAAAUGAGCCAUACUUGAGGAUGGAGGUGCUGGCACUUUGUGUGCUGGGGCUUGAGGUUUUCCUCUCUGCAAUCCUCUGCUUCUGGUUCUCUAAAGAGAAACGUGCCAAGUCACCAUGAUCAAGUUGUCGACAUUAAGAAGAAAUUUGAGAAUUUUCUGUUUGUAUGUAAAGGAGCAAGGGGCUAUAAAUUAGUACUAAAAAGAGGUAAAGCCACUGUAUUAGCAAUUUUUUUUGUACAGAUUGUGUGGCUUUAAGUUCUGUCUCAAUUGCCUACGUUGGAGCUGAAACCCCUGCUGAGCCUGGGCUGUGGUCUGCGUCUGAUGUUUCACUCGGACUGAGAACACAAGGGUUGUGGUGAGCAAAUGUCAGCUUCUGUCAUGUGAAGGAAAACCCACUCUUCAUCCUCCUUAGUCCCUGCGUCGCUUUGUGUAACGGUAGUAGUGGGCUUCAUAGUGCAGCUCUGGCUGUCAGCAAGGGUCUCUGCAUGUGUGGUUUUACGCUCGUGCUUUGUUAUCUGUGGAAAUAUCUGCAACUUGUUUUCAGCUGCACUCACACUUUCAGCAGGUUUCACAUAUUCACUAAACUGUGGAAUAAUUGUGUGUUAUAUAGGCAGUGCUAUAGGAAGUCAUUAGUUCAAGCUAAACCUAACUAUCGCAAAGUCACAAAUACAACAAUAUGUUUUAAACAUUUUAAUCAUCUGUACAAACUUGUCAUAACACAGGACUGGCAACAAAAGAAAUAUAACAGUUCAACAUUGUCUGGAUUGAUCUGCCUGCUGUUUUUUUUUUUAUGUUUGUUUUGUUUUGUAAAAUACAUAAUAAAAAACUCAUCUACAAUAUAAACACUGAUUCAUACCUAAUUCAUUAAAACAAAUAUACAGACCACUGACGUACCAUCUUGACAGUGUAUUUCAUGUGUCAAUUUCCAUUUUACAUUUUGAAAUGUCAUAUAAUAGCUGAGCUUCAUCCAUUAAAGUCUUCGUGCUCCACA